AUGCUUGGUCUGCUACCAAAUAGAGCAGGCCGGCCUAUUACUCGGAACCCUAGAAGAUAUGCAAACUUCUACCGCGCCUUCCAUGAUUAUUUCGUAACCCACCUUCCCUCUUCCUCCCUCCAUCCCGACUCCCGCUCCUCCUCAGGCCCACAUCACCAAUUACCUCGCUCAGCCUCGAAGCCUCAUAAUACAAACGAAGGCCCUUCGCCGGCUCCUUUGCUUGGAAGUCCGAGAGAUACUACAGUGGUGCGAAUACCGCUACGAAGCGCAAAACAUCAUUUCGGUGUCUCUGUCUCCCGCGGCACUCGGCCCUACAAUGAAGAUACAUACCAAGCGGGCGUCAUCGAAAUACCUGCUUUCGCGAAAAGGGCACCGAGGACGUUGACUAGGGCGCCGGCGAGUAGUCCAUUGCAGGCGUACAGGGAACUGCAAAGAAAGGAACAGGAGAAAGGCAAUGGAGAUGGGGAGAGCACUUCUGCGGAGAGUGCGAGUGGAGAUCCGCAGGUCUUCUACUUUGGGGUCUUUGAUGGGCAUGGGGGAACGGAGUGUAGUGGAUAUCUAAGGGAGAGGCUGCAUGAGAGUAUUGAGGAGACGGCGGAGGAGUAUGGGCUGGAGUCUACGCUCAAUGGCACGGCAAGUGAAGCAGAUAAGGAAGCAAAGGAAAUAGCAGGAUCGCGACGAAAAGAAGUCCAAGAUAAGGGCACGGACUCUACCAGCUACGACCCCUCCAAAGCCAACAGGCUCCAGACCGUCCUUAUCAAGUCCUGGAAAGAGACUGUAGGAGGCUACUUUCGGCGUUUCAAACCCACGGCCUUCUCUUCAGACUCCAAACCUUCAAUCGCAACGGUCCUAACCCACGCCUUUCUGCAGACCGACUUAUCUUUCCUCCUCGCCCAAUUACGCCUAUCUAGUGACGAUAAUGACCCUGUGGCUUCCGAUCGCCCGCUCAAUGCGAACGAUGACUUACACUCACCAUCGCAUCCGCGGUCUUCCGCGCAGCACAGGAAACCAUUCCUAGGCGGGUCUACGGCGUCUAUUGCGCUCAUCUCGACGCCUACACCUACACCGUUUUGGCAUCCUUCCACUCCCAGCACGCUCUAUACAGCCCACUGUGGCGACACACGAAUCCUCCUCUCCCGUGUCUCCAACGGGCAAGCCGUGUCGCUAACAACAAAUCACCACCCUUCCUCCCCAAGCGAAAGCGAACGUCUCCGCCGCUGGGCCGCCUCUUUUGUCACAGAUUCCUUCGGCGAAGAACGCAUGUCCGGUCUCGCGAACACCCGCGCCUUCGGCGAUAUGGGCUCCAAACGCAUGGGCGUGUCGGCUGAACCAGAAAUCCGCCACCUCAACCUCGCACCUUCUGAAUACGCCUUCAUGGUUUUGGUCUCCGACGGCGUAUCUGGCGGGGUUGGUGAUCAGGAGAUUGUAGACCUGGUCAAAGAAGCAAAGACCCCAGAGCUGGGUGCAAGAGAGGUCGUGAGCUUUGCGACGGAGGUGGGGAGUGAUGGCGAUAAUGCUACUGCACUAGUAGUCAGACUGGGAGGCUGGGAGAGGAGGAAUGAAGGGGGUGGCGGGAGUUUAGGUACGAAGGAGAGUAGAGAGUGGAGGAGACGGGAGGCGAUGGAUCCGAGAGGGAAGAGAACGCUAUUGUAG